UUUAAUUUCCGAUACCUGAACAAAGUGCAGAAUGGUGAGAGUGUAUGGUGCUGCAGAUAUCCAAAGGAUGGCUGUCACUAGGAUGAGCAUUUAUCAAAUGUAUCUAGUGGUUUAACACAGAUAAAGUUCCUAUUGUCUCAAUGUAACUAUUGAUUUCCUACAUGAUAAUUGCGUGUCCAUUUUUGGUUCUGGCUAGCUAUAUCACAUCCAUAACUAGUAUAUUCUAGAUAUUGUACACAUGUCCUCCUUGCCUGUUGAAUGUUUGAAUUCUUAUCUACCUACUUGAGUUGCAGCAUUUUAUUUGUUUUGUUAUACUCAUACUUGAGUUGCAGCAUUUUAUUUGUUUUGUUAUACUCAUACUUGACAUUUAGAUUAACACAAGAAAUUCCGAGUAUGGUAGGGAGAUGAAGACUGGAAGCAACAUGAACUUUUUUGUGCAGAGAAUGGAAAAGAGUUAAAGGAUUAAGGAGCUAAAGGACCAGAUUCUAUCAAAGAGGAUGAAGGAACAAUUCCUAACUGGCUGGUGGGAGUGACUGGAUAUAAGCAUCAAGAAGAGUGGUGAAACCAGAACCACCUGAAGAAUGUGGUAGUGGAUUCGUUAGGUCAUGGCAUUAUUGUGAAGCUGAAGAGAUUCCGAACAGCACUUAUCUUAGAGAUAAAACCUCAUAUGCUCAUAAGGUCCCUUGUUUUGAGCACAGAAGAGUUUGAGGUAAACCAUUGGCAAAUAUGAUCUUGUGAUGGUGGUGGAUGAUCAGCUAGUCCAACCAGCUGACAUUUUUUAUUUGGAUGCCUUCUUGACCUAAUACCAUUCCUUCGGAUCAUAUAACUAUCAUGUUGUUGUUAUUAAUGCUUGUAGAUCUUGUACCAUGUGGUUCUUCUGUGUUCAGGACAUUUUUUUCUAAUGAGCAGCAUCUGCAAGCAUCGCAAGAGGUGGUGCUGUCAACUUAUCUAAAAUUUCAACUUUCCAUGGUUUUAUGAUUUGCUACUCUCUCAUGUGCUUUGGAUGGUUGGGUGCCUGACUUCUGUACAUGCCAUUGCCAUACUGGUUAGUCCUGCGAAAGUUCAUAACAUUACCCUUAUCACUUAUCCAACUUCUCAUGCUCACAGGCAAUACGGGCACACGAUUAUAAAAAGGAGCAUAUGUUCUCGAUUGGUGAAUGAUGAAGCUCCAGGAGAUCUCUGUAUUGUUCGAAUUGGAUAUGUUGAUUAUGAAUUUGACACUAGUGGUUUCUUGGUAAAAUGACUACUGGGACUCUUUGAGAGUUAUCUUUAAUCAGAAUCUUUGCUACUAAUAUCAACAAUGUGGUUCACAUAUGGCUACAUCAUCAUGGAUAGCUCAACCAAACUGCUUUCAUAUGACUCUUGCAUUCUAGUGUUAACUUGUGAUAUGGUGGUCGAUACGGUCAAUAAGGUACAGUAUUUGAAGAAUUCUUUCUUCCUGGCGCUUAAUAUGGGCUUUAUUGCAUGAUUGCAUGUGAUAUGUAUGCCAGUUAAUUGGAUGGCUGUUGCUGUCCUUUGAUGACUAAAAGAACCUGCGCGUGACCAGAUCAAUGGGAGCCAUGUAGUCUAAUGCUUUUGGUAUCAGUAGCAUCUCUUCUAUGUUACUUUGUUCUUCACUGCAAGCAGGUUACUGAUAGCAUGUGGCCACUGGUGAUGUUGAAGUUUCAUCUGUUAUAUCCUAAUCUUGGAGCUUUUCUUUCUCAUUCUGAUUAUUGUGGCCUGAUAUAUCCUAUUCUUAGACCGAGUGAUCUGACCCUUUCUAUUCAUUUAUCACCAGCAGUAAGAUGUAGGUGUCAAAUAAACAGUUCUCUUCAUAUUAGUGGUAUAGUGCAGUUGGAAGAGAUCUGUCAAUUUAUAUAUUGAUCAUACUAAACCAGAGACACACAACACUAGGGGAACCUACAGGAAACAGACUUGAGUUUGAUACUAGAAUUCAUACUUGGAAAUGAACUUGCUUCUUUGUAUGGAACAAUUAGUCUUUAUAUAGUCUAAUUCAAAUGUUCCCAGCUCAAACACAAUUUUGAUUGCAGUUGUUUCUCUAGCAGGAUCAUUUUCAGCUGCAACAACAGCCUCUCUUGCCAGAAUGCAGGUGAGGAAGAAACUGGUAGUAUACUGGUGUCAGCUUUUUUUCUAGUUGGUAAAUCUUGUGCCUUCACCCCUCCAAGUUAUUAUCUUUCGCCAUGAAGUUUAACAUCAACAGGACAAAGCAAUUUGAGAUCUCUUGACAAAAUACUACAUCUUUCAGUAGUGAAUGCAGGCGCUCCACUUUUAUAUUGCUUCACAUGAUGCAUGGUGUCUGAUAUCUCCUAAACUUGCAGUGUGGACUACGGUUGUAUGCAGCCUGCUAAUCAUCAAGGAAAGGACCACCAGAGCAUAUGUUUAUAUAUCCAUAGCUGCUCUUGUCUCAAAUGCUGAUAUGGUGUCUGAUGCAUCAAGAUCUAUCGCCCAGGUACUCAACUUUCUUCCCAUCCACUUGUUGCUUGUGGCAGUAACUCCAUGAACAAUGAUGAAGUCCUAUUACUUGGUUGAAAUGGCUUCUCAUAAUACUGGCUGCGAGUAAUCCUCUCGGCCAGUAUAAUAAUACUUGCCGACGUUGAUAUCUACCUACCCACGCCACGCAGUCUUUCAACAUCAUCAUCAAACCGGUGGAUGAUGAAGGAUGCCAAGCCAGCAUUUAAAGCCUUCAAAUCAUUUGAGGGUGGCAAGGCAUGCAACUUUGGGAAAAGAGAGACCAACACUGCGGAGUCCGAGGAAGAGAGGAGCCAUGAACUCGGGGUGCAAGUCUUCCCUGGGCUGCGUGGACGCGCGCGAGCCGGUGAGGGCCAACUACAAGAUCCUUUACAAGUGGCCGGAGUCCGACGUCGAGUUCGUGAAGUCGAUGGCGUCGGGAAGACGAGGCGAGACAGGUGGCCUCGACGGCCACCCCGGCCUUGACGAGAGGCGGAAGCGGAGCGCAGGUCCCAGCGUGGUGGAUAGCUACUCCUGCCGGCAGCUGUACUUGAGGAGCUACACCUUCACCAAGGAGGAGUCGGUCCCGGAGAAGACGAAGCGGUGCUUGAGAAAGGUCAAGGAGACGGCCGCCGCCGUGCCCCUCUUCAGCACCAGGAACACCGAGAAAGGUGGCAGCGUCGACAUGGGUAGCAAGCGGAGGAGGAGGAAGGAGGAAAAGGAGAAUUGCGCGAAUACGAGGAAGCUGAGGGAGAUGACGCACUCUGCGCUGCACGCCGUCUUCCAUCGCCUCCUGUUCUGCACCGCCAGCGUCGACGUGGUGGAUUGAGGGCGACCUGUGCAGGAAGUAGUCGGCUUCUGUGUGUGUGUGUGUGUGUGUGUCCAAGUUCGAUGGUGUCAAGGCCUGAAGAGCAGAAUCCAACAGUCAUCUUCUUCCUCAAACCUUGUUGCAGCCAUGGUUACUUACAUCAAUGCAUAUUUCAAAGUUGUAUAAACUGUGUCUCUUCCAUUUCAUGUGGAGUUGUGGUUAGUAACGUGGAACAUCAUUCUAUUCUUGUUCA